AUGAGAGAUGACAACUUGAAGAAAAGCAAGCUUUCAUGGCCGAAAACUCUCGUCAAGAAAUGGUUCAAUAUUAAGAGUAAAGCUGAAGACUUUCAAGCAGAUGAUGUUCUUUAUGGAGGUGUUGAUGAAGAGUGGAGGAACAACUACUGUUCAAAGAGGGAAGAAUGCACUAUCAAGAAAAGCAAAACAGAAAGAACAAAGAGAAGGCAUUCAGAAAGAUCGCGGCGAUGUAAGGGCGAUCACGAUGCAGGUCAUGUUACAGAUGUGAAUAACUAUAGAAUAUUUGUUGCAACUUGGAAUGUAGCCGGAAGAUCUCCUCCGAGUAAUUUGAACCUUGAAGAUUGGCUUCAUACUUCUCCUCCCGCCGAUAUAUAUGUUCUUGGGUUUCAAGAAAUUGUACCUCUCAAUGCUGGAAAUGUUUUAGGGACAGAAGACAACGGUCCGGCUAGAAAAUGGCUAGCUCUUAUUCGAAAAACACUUAACAGUCUUCCCGGAACAAGUGGUGAAUGCCACACUAAUUCACCGCUGCCUGAUCCUGUUGUAGAGUUAGAUUCUGAUUUUGAAGGAUCUAUGAGGCAGAAGGAAACCUCUUUCUUCCAUCGCAGGUCGUUCCAAUCCUCGAGUCGUAGUAUGAGAAUGGAAAAUGACAUGUUAGUACCCCAAGCGUGCCUUGAUCGCCGUUUCAGUGUGUGUGAUAGAAUGAUAUUUGGUCAUAGUACAGGUGACUAUGAGCCCAAUUAUAGAUGGGGUUCCUCGGACGACGAAAACGGGGAAUCUCCGGUUGUAGUGCAGUAUUCACCAAUGUCGUAUAGAGGCUGUGCCUCUACGGAGGAUAGAGAUAGACAGACAGAGAGCUCGAGAUAUUGUUUGGUUGCUAGUAAGCAAAUGGUUGGGAUAUUUCUAACUGUUUGGGUGAAAAGCAAUAUAAGAGACGAUGUUCGCAACAUGAAAGUGUCUUGCGUUGGCCGAGGGUUAAUGGGAUAUCUCGGAAACAAGGGUUCGAUAUCAAUUAGCAUGUCUUUGCACAAAACAAGCUUUUGCUUCAUAUGUAGUCAUUUGACCUCGGGACAAAAGGAGGGUGACGAGCUAAGGAGAAAUUCAGAUGUAAUGGAGAUUCUCAGAAAGACAAGGUUUCCACGAGUAAAUGGAAUUGGCGACGAGAGUUCUCCUCAGACUAUUCUCGAUCACGAUCGAAUAAUUUGGCUCGGGGAUUUAAACUAUCGGAUAGCCCUUACUUAUCGUGCAGCAAAAGCUCUUGUUGAGAUGCAUAACUGGAAGGUAUUGUUAGAGAAUGACCAGCUGCAUAUAGAGCGUGAACAAGGUCGCGUCUUUGAAGGAUGGAGUGAAGGGCAAAUAUACUUCCCCCCGACAUACAAAUAUUCAAACAAUUCGGAUAGAUACGCAGGCGACGAAAGGCAAUCAAAACAAAAGAGAAGAACGCCAGCCUGGUGUGAUCGGAUCUUAUGGCACGGUAGAGGCCUCCGUCAACUAUCUUAUGUUCGCGGGGAGUCAAGAUUCUCCGAUCAUAGACCAGUUUGUAGCGUGUUCUUAGCAGAAGUCGAGUCUGUUAGCCGUAACCGAAUCAAAAAAUGCUCUAGUUGCACCAGUUCAAGGAUCGAAGUAGAAGAGUUGUUGCCUCACUCACAUUCCUACAAUUACAUCAAUUUGCCUUUCUAUUGA